GUUGAAGUAUGGUCAUCUAGUAGAACAGAAAACUACUCAAAAGUCUUCAGCCAACAGCUUCUUGAUAUGGGAGCAAAAGUUUCCAAGACUUUUAACAAGCAAGUGACUCAUGUGAUUUUUAAAGAUGGAUUGUCAUCUACAUGGAAUAGAGCAAAGAAGGCUGGGGUUAAACUAGUGUCAGUGCUUUGGGUAGAAAAAUGUCGAGAAGUUGGAGCACAUGUGGAUGAGUCAGUUUAUCCUGCAAAAAAUGCUAUUGAAGGGUUACCUCAUUUUAUUAAAAAGCACAAAUGCAUGCAGCCGAAAGAUUUUAUGGAAAAAACUCCAGAAAAUGACAGGAGACUACAAAGAAGACUGGAAAUUAUGGCUAAAGAGUUACAAGUACAAAAGGCAACAAUAGAAAUGGAUACACCAGUUUUAUUGUUUGAAGACAAUGGAUCAUUAAUGUAUAGCCCCGCAAGUAAUAUUAAGUAUCAGUGCAGUGCAAUGGAGAGAAGAAUAAAGGACAUGAAGGAGAAACGUGAAAAUCUUUCCCCUACUGCUUCACAGAUGUCUCAAGAGGCUGACUCCACGUCUGUUACAGCAGUGCAUGAACAAAUUCCUGUCUUUACUAAUUCAACUUGUGCAGUGUCCUCAGGAGAGCACAGUGACCCCUUAAACACCAGUUUUGCUAAUGUGUUGGGAAAUUCUGAAACCAAGACUCAUGGAAAGGAAUUUACCAAAUGUAUUACUGAAGCUUUAAGUACUACAGAUGUUUCCGUAGGUCCAUUAUGGAACUCUCCAGUUUCGUCAGGUGACUUCAAGCAUAAAUGUCCACAACAACUUAGUGGCAGACAUUUUAGAAAAACAUUAAUUUUACCAAACAGCAUGGAAAGUGACUUUUUUGACAAAAGGACAAAAACUGAAAUGCUAUAUGUGAAAAAGCACAAUACAAUGAAUGAUUUGCUUACAACUCAAACUGGAAAUAGUCUUUCUCACGAAAACAGUUUAAACUGUAGUGUUUCUUCAGAAAAAUUGAUAGGUUUAGGUGUUGUUGAAGAUACCAGCAACAACCAUAUAAAUUCACUAAUCAAUGUCUCUUCAAUUCAUCUAACUCCUUCUCCAGUAACUAUUCUUCAGUCUGCUUCUAAAGAACAUAAGAAGUCCAGAAAGAGAUUAAGUCUUAGACGGAGCACCUCAGCAUUAUGUAAGACAGAUUCUCAAAAUAAGUUUUUGCAAGCAAUCCUCACACCAGUUGAGCCUACUAAACAGCAAGAUUCAUCCUUUGAAGAUUAUUUUUCACCUUCUAAUGUUAAUAAAACAAAAACAAGAGUUAGUCUUCCUUCUUCAUGUAUACAGGAGUUGCAGUUUCCUAAUGAAGUGGUUUAUAAAAGUAGUUUUUCAGAAAGUAAGCCAGAGGCAGUGUUAGAAGAAUCUAAUAAGGUGGACUCAGCAUACAGCAGGAAGAGGAAAAGAGUGACUGAAAUUAAUAAGAUUACUGCAAGUACUGACCACAUGCUGUCUCUAAUGCCUCAAAAUAAAAAAACUCCAACUCCAAAUAAUAUGACAAAGGAAAAAAGGGACACAGCAAAAACCCCAAACCACCAUUUUAAUCACAUCAUUAAGGAAAAUAUCUGCACUAGUGUAAAGAGAUGUUCUAUACCAGGUGAUGGCAAAUUUUCUACAGCUGAUGUCAAAGAACAUUCUUGUGAACUUAUGCAUGACCAGACGAAUGAGUCCAAUGAAAAAUUAAAGAACACUGGGAAAAUCAAAAAGCCACUGAGAACAUUAGUUAUGACAAGCAUGUCAUCUGAGAAACAGAAUGCAGUUAUUCAAGUGGUUAAAAAGUUGGGAGGCUUUCUGUUUUCAGAUGAAGUGGGCAAAAAUACAAGUCAUGUGGUUGCAGGAAGCCCUCGUCGUACCUUAAAUGUACUUAUGGGAAUUGCUCAAGGCUGUUGGAUAGUGUGUUAUGAAUGGGUGCUGUGGUCUCUAGAAUAUGGUCACUGGAUUUCUGAAGAACCAUAUGAACUCUCAGUGGACUUCCCUGCAGCUCCUAUCUGCCGAUUUCAACGCUACCUUCCAAAUAGAAAGGAUCACCAGAAACUCUUUUCAGACCAGCCUGUCAUGUUCAUAUCUCAUACUAGUCAACCUCCGUAUGAGAAGCUCUGUGAGUUGGUACAGCUUUGUGGAGGAAAAGUGUCUAAAACACUCCGUCAAGCCAAAAUCUGUAUUGGAGAAUGCAAGUUUGGAAAACACAGAGACAUACCGUGUUUAUCAGAAAAAUGGGUUCUAGAUUCAAUAACCCAGAACAAAAUAUGUCCUCUUGAAAACUACAUGUUUCAGAACAAGGUUUAGCAUGCAUGGUAUUAUUAUCUAAUGUCACAACUUCUGGAGUUCAUCUAGCAAAUUGAACAAUUAAUAUUUGCAAGCUUUACUUUGAAACAAAUAGAAAAGCCAAAUUAACUUUAUUUUAAAAACGAAUUCAAGAGCUUACAUACACCUUUGAGGUGAAGAAGAGAGUGAGCAAAUCGUGGUGGGGAGCAUGCUCAGUUUGUCCAAGGUAGAGUGUAGAGUAAAAAUUCUAUCUGAACAGUCACUGAGCAAUGUACAUAGAUAAUAAUACUGUAUGGUAUUCAGUCUUGCCAAGAUAUUUUAGCUCUGUGCAUGUUAUAUUAAGUGGCAAAUAGUUCCAUCAGAUGUUAUGAAGUCAAGGUCUAUAAAAUAUGAAGAUGAAAUAGAUGAAAUAGGUAAAUUUUUAACUGUGAAAAUAUUUUUACUCUAUAAAAUCCCAUUCACUGCUUUCUAUGAACUUUUCACAGAAAUGCUGAAUACCGUCUACCAAAGAGGAACUACCCGUUGUAGACAAUCCUAUGAACCCCUUUAUUAGAGAACUUACUGCCGAGACAGUAAUAUGUCAUGGCCAGAAACAGAAAUAUUUUAAUAAAAAGUGAUGUGUGAACACAUGGUUCCUAGUAAGCAGUAGAAUGUGAUGUUUAAAUUUAUACAUAAUAUCAUGGUCUACUACCUCUCUCAUAAAUGUUUUACACACAAAAAACUGUCAUCACUAAUUUACGUACCCGAACAUUCCAAAUUGAUUUUCUCAUAAAUUCUUUUGAGACAAAUUUCCAGUUGUGUACAGGGCAGACUCCUGGGACAACGGCUCAUGUUUUAUUAGCCACAGGCGUAGCAGUUUUUACACUGGAAUACUAAUAAAGAUAUUUACAGCAAAAGUAUUUAAAUGACAGAAUCUGGUUGUCCUAGCUUUCAAAGGAAACUAUAGCCUAGCUCAUACCUUUGAAAACAUGUGGAACAUCCAUAUGUAGGGAGGACCAUUGUAGCCUGUAUGUCGAGGGCAAGGAGGUCUAAACAGAGAAGGGGCGGGGGAAUCAACUCAGAUGAAAUGUGCCUCAGGAGAGAGCUCUGCAGGUACAGUGGUGCCUCGC